AUGCUCGUCUAUCUUUUUGUCGUUGCUGCAAUCUAUACAUUGUCUCCAAUUACUAACGCUGUUUCAGAUUGUAGUUUAUGUAAAUUAAACGAAUAUUAUAAUGAAACAACUGGCUACCAAUGUUUUCGUUUAAGUAAUGGACAAGUCGCUUGUACUUGUCCUGAUUAUCGUUAUGCACUUGAUAAGCCUUGUCGUAUAUGUGAACGUCCUAAUAUAUGUGGUGAUGACCCAAAUAAUUUAUGUGCAGAAUUAUCACCAACUUCAUUUGAUCCUGAAAAUGAUAAUGACAAAAAUUUUGCUUGUUUUUGCAGUGACCUUAGUUAUUAUCUCGGUGAACCUUGCCCGUCAAUUUCUACAACGCCAACAGCUACUACAAUAUUGCCAGUGACCACAACAUCGACAUUUACUACAGAAUACCCAACUUUCACAACAUUGGUAACUAACCUAACAUUGAUAAAUGACACAACAGCGAACACUACUAUAUGA